GCGCGGAGAUAUGCUGUCGUCGACGAGGCAGCUUCAGCGGGCGGUGCCCCGCGGGUUCCCCGCCGUCGCGGUGGAGACCCUGAGGGAAACCCUGGCCUCGCAGCAGGUCUUCUCUCGAGAUGCGUCUUCCCUCCCGGUGACGUACACGGGCCGCGGAACCGGCGGCAGGUCCUCCAUCAGCGGUAUCACGUCGACGGUUUUCGGCAGCUCGGGCUUCCUCGGCCGGUACGUGGUGAACCACAUCGGCAAGAGCGGGAGCAAGAUGAUCCUGCCCAACCGGUGCAACGAGAACGCGCGCCAGCACCUCAAGGUGAUGGGCGACCUCGGCCAGAUCGUGCACCUGGAUUUUUCCAUCCGCGACGCCGACGCCAUCAAGUACGCGGUGGAGCGAUCCAACGUGGUGGUGAACAUGGUCGGAAGGGAGUGGGAGACGCGGAACUUUUCCUUCGAGGACGUCCACGUCGAGUUCCCAGCCAAGCUGGCCGAGAUCUGCAAGGAGGUUGGGGUGGAGAGGCUGGUGCACGUCUCCGCGCUGGGAGCCUCGCACACCAACCCGUCCAAGUACUACCAGACCAAGGCGGCCGGCGACGACGCGGUGCGCGCCGCGUUCCCGAACGCCACCAUCGUCAAGCCCGCCAAGUUGAUCGGAACCGAGGACCGGCUGCUCAACGUCUUUGCCGAGCACACGUGCAAGUUCCCGCUGGCGCCUCUGGUGGACGACGGCGAGAGCAAGCACCAGCCGGUGUACGUCGACGACGUGGCGUUGGCCAUCCAAGCGAUCGUGGAGGACGAGGAGACCGCGGGGCAGACGUUCGAGCUGGCGGGUGACAAGGUGUACACGAUGGAGGACAUGCUCAGAUUUGUGCAGAAGACCAUUCGGACGCCGGGGUACCCGAAGAUUCUGUACGUGCCCUCCUUCAUCCUCAGGGCGUUGGGGGCGCCGCACGAGUUCCUCCUCAGGAAGGUCCCGUUCCCUUUGCCCACCCCCACCGGCCUGACCAAGUCUUACAUCGACGCGCAGUCGGUGAACUACCUCAAGAACCCGCGUGUGCCGGGUUUCGAGCAGCUGGGCAUCAAACCCGCCAAGCUGGAGGGCGUGGUGAUCGACUACCUCCGAGCGUUCAGGUUCGGGGGGUACGACGCGGGAGACGUCGCGGGACACCUGCAGCGGCAGAAGUCGUGAUCGAGCGCGUGAUGGAGCGCGUUCCUGUGUUACUGUAACUACCACCUUCUUAUACAAUCCAACGUUGAAUUUUUACCU